AUGCUUGAAUAUUAGGCGAACUAUUUAGUUCUUUAAAAUGAAAACUCUAGAUUAGUUACAGCCUUACCAUAUAUUGAUGAGGCAAUUAAUGAGUCUCAAAAGAAGUAGGUGAAUGGCUUAAUACUACAAGAAAUGGCUGCAAUGGAUGGCUAGAAGGAUUAUCUUGAAAAACUACCAAUGCCAUAGUUCAAAUACUUGCACCACAGGAUAUUGCUAAUUUGGAUUCCUGGCGACAAUCUAUUAAUUAGGCAAACAUCAACUUUCAAUAUGCUGAAAAUAGGUAUUCGAUUUGCAGCAUAUCAUAAUUUGAAUAGGAGAAUGAACCUUGAAUUGGAAAAAGCUUAUGGCAAGGAUGUUUGGACUACUCAUAUAAAGCAGACAGAAAGUCAAAUAGAAUUCACAGAUCAAAGAAAUAGAAAGCUAGAUGAAGAAAUAGAGAGAAUAAAUAAGAAAAGGAGAUUCACACAGAUGAAUGAAUAUGAUAACUUCCUCAGACUGCACAAUAAAACUUUUUCAGCAUUGCAUAAGAAUAUUGACCUCGAGUAGGAAUGCUACAAACUUGAAUAAGAGAUUUCAUAAUAUUAGAAUUAGCUGCAAAAGAUUCAAGUAAGAUUAAUUUAUUGUAAAAUAAUGAUAGAAAUUGGAUGA